UUUGUUACUCAAUACAGAAAAGUAGAAUUUUUCACUGUCGCAAUAUUAAGAAAAGUAGUUUGAUCAUAGCAAGCUUUAGAAGUCGUUAAUUGAAGUUAAAACACAAUUUAAAGAAAUACUUCUGUAAACAAAAUGGUUGAAACUGGUAAAAAGUUAAGUGAAUUAAGGGUUUCUGAUCUGAAACUUCAGCUUGAGAAACGUAAAAUGGAUACUGUUGGUGCUAAGGCCACAUUAGUAGAACGUUUAGAAAAGGCCUUAAAGCAAGAAGGCCAUGAUCCUCAGAAAUACGUUUUUAAAAGUGGAGAUAAAAUAACUCCAAAAUCUAAAGAUAGAACUGGAACGGAAGAAAUAAAAAUAAAGGAAGAACCCGUUAUGGAUGGUUACCCAGAAGACAGUCGUGAUGGAUUUCAGUCUGGUAAUGAAAAUGGCGAUGCAGAUGCGAACGUAGAUGACGAGAUUGAUCAAGUGGGAACUGUAGAUGACGAGUGUGUUAUCAUUGAAAAUGAAGAUGAAGAGUCUCAAUAUGUUGAUGAUGCAGAUGCUGAAGCAGACGUCGAUGCUGAUGCUGACGCUGAUGAACAAGAAAAUGAGGAAAAUGAACGUGGUGAAGGUGAUGAAGUGCACGAAGAAGAGGACGAAGAAGAAAUUAGUGAAAAUAAUAAUCAUGACACCGAAGAAUCAAUUAAUUUGACAAUUGGCGAAGAAGAGCAACAAUUAUUACAUGAAGCUGCAGAUGAAAAAGAAAAAACAGCUGAAGCCAGCAAAUCACAAAAGGAUAAGAGCUCAGCUAAGGAACAACAAAAUAGCGACAAAGGAAAAAAAGAUGAGAAAAAGGGUGGCAAAGAUGAGGCUUCCAACAAAAAUAAGAAAAAAGAAGAGAAGUCCAUUGACAAAAAAGACACGAGUGAACAUAAAUCGUCAACAAAAUCGUCACAUAAGGAUGAAAAAGGUAAAUACGUAGAAGUUAGCAACAUUCAAAUAAUUUCGUGUGUGUUAGUUUUGUUAAUCGAAACAUGAAAAAAAUUUGUGGUUCGAAAUUGAAAACAAUUAUUGUAAAAUGUGCUUAAGGUAAAGAGUGUGAAUUUGAUUGAUAUGACACAGAAGGAUUUCACUAAAAUCAAUUGCUGAAGGAUUUUACAAAACUGAAGAUUGCAUAUUUCUGAGGACUAAAGGUUACUACAACAGAUGAAAAGAUGGCAGCAAGAGUUAUGAACAUAUUUAUAAAGGUUGCAUAAAGUAGCAUAAUAAUGUUUCUAAAUAGAAGGGAAAUGAGUUAACGCUGGUUUAUAUAAAAUUGUGUUUGUGCUUACAGCGUGAAAUGACUUCAAAAUUAUAGUAGUUUAAGAGGAGUCAAUCGACUGACAUUAUGCAAUACAUAUACCAGAUGUACUAAGUGCAAGUACCAAAUAGUAGCCGAGUGAAUAAUUCUAAAAGCUAGCAAUACAGCAUUCUUAUUGGGUGGUGUAAAUGCAUAAGCCUUUAAAUCUGUUGAACAAAUGUACAUGUGGAUAGGCCCGAGAAUUGAUCUGUUUUACUGAAGACAGACAGUAACCAACAUUGUCAAUAAUUGCUUUUGAAGGUUAUUUAUACCUUUUCAUCAUUAGACGUUUAAGUAGCAGAAAAUAUACCAAAAUAUCAAAACAAAAUCUGAGGGAUCUACUCUACUUCACUGUAUAUUUUCUACUUCAGUUGCAGUUACUCAUAACCAUUACCACACAAAAUUUUUGUAUGAAUAAUAUAUCAUUUAAUGCUGAUUAUGGAUAUAAAAACAGUAUCCACCCAUCAUUUUGUGAAGAAUAUAUAAAUUUCAACAAUAUUUCAUGGUGUGAAUGGUGUGUGAACAAUUCUGGAUCAACAAGUAGCAUAAUUAUGCUGCUAUAUUACUUAAACUGUGUUAUAAUAUGCAGUUUACAUUCUUCAGUGUGUUUUGUGGUUAAAAUCAUCAGUCGCUAAAACUAUUGCUGAUAUGAAAGUUUUCUCCUAACUGUUAAGUGGAUUUAACUGAAUCGUUUAUUCCAAGACUACAACUCGCUUAUAUAUAAUUCCGAGACUUUGUGGAUUGGCACGCUAUUGGUUUAUAUUGUUUGCUUCACGACCAGUAAAUCUUUUUGGAAGUGUCGAAAGACGUGAUCAACAGGAACGAGUUUACAACUACACGGAGCCAGCCAAAAGAUAGCUGAAAUAUGUUUUUACAGGAUUAGGUCAACAAUUGCUUUUAUUUCUCUUUUUGACAACAUCUCCAUAUCAUUAUAGCUAUCAUUUCCAACGAAAUGAAAUCCAAAUUGUGGUAUGCAGACUAUCAACGCACAUGUGGAAUUAAUUGAAUGGAUGAAUGUAAAGGUAAAAUAAAACUUAUUCUGUGGCUGCUAUUAAAUUCGGUAAAGCAAUUUACAAUCUUAUCAACAAAGGACAGUGCUACAUUAUUUUUGUACGUUGCAAAAUGCAACACAUUUCA